AUGAGUGACACCGCAGGUUCCAGAGAUGGACCAGAGACAUCGACGUUUACAAUCCUCCUACUAGGUGAUCUGAUGAUCGGACGGCUCGUCGAUGCUCUCUUACCGACCAGUAUUGCGCGUGAACAACCGGCAUCUUGCCCAGAACAUGCUGCGCAGACGGUCGACAAGUACAUCAUACCAAAGAACCCUCAACUAAAGUCGUACGACUAUCUCUCGCCCUGGGGCAACGCCGGCCACCUCAUUCGCAGUUCUGAUGGUGUGGUAGUCAACCUCGAGACUGCAUUGACCACGACCACCGUACCGUGGCCGGGCAAGGUGUUCAAUUACCGAAGUCAUCCGGGUAAUGUGAGAUGUCUGGUGGAUGUGGGCUUAGGCGGCGGCUCGCAGAGAGCCAGUGUUUGUCUUGCAAAUAAUCAUACCCUUGAUUGGAAUAGGGAGGGGUUGCUUGAAACGGUACAAACACUCACCGAAGCGGGCAUCGAGUUUGCCGGGGCAGGAAGAACAAAGGAAGAGGCGAGUCAGCCGGGCACCAUCAAGCUCGGGAAUGGGAGCUGGUUAGUCAAGUGCUGGAGCUUUUCAGAUCACCCUGCCGACUGGAGAGGUGAGGAGUGUUUCAACCUGAUUGACUAUACGCGCACGAGUCGAGACCUCAUGAGGAGGCAGAUUACGACCGAAGAUGAAAAUCAACGAUCCGGGCAAAAGCGUUCAACGCUGAAAGUUGUCUCCGUGCACUGGGGUCCGAAUUAUCGGUGGCAGCCGUCGCAAGAAAUUGUUUCAACCGCACACUGGCUGAUCGACGAGUGCGACGUGGACAUUAUCCAUGGCCACAGUAGUCAUCACAUCCAAGGUGUCGAGGUGUACAAGGGCAAGCUGAUCGUCUACGGGUGCGGCGAUUUCGUGGACGAUUAUGCGGUCGAUUCCGCCUGGCGGAACGACCUGAGUGCCGCAUGGAGGGUUACAGUCGGUGAGACGACGGCGGACAGGCUGGCCGUGAAGAAAUUGGAAGUCUUCCCCAAUCGGAUACAGAAAUUUCAGGCCCGUCUACUCGAGGCUGAAGAUGAAGAUCAUAAGUGGGUUGAGACAAAGUUCAGGGAGCUUUGCGCAACGUUCCAUACCGUGGUCGAUGACGAUUUGGGUCCGGAGGCGCAGCUGGUGAUCGGUAUGGAAAAGCAAAGACAGAGUUGA